GCUCUUUUUAAUUUGCCAUUUACAUUUGUACAUCAAGAAAAAGCAAUUUAGUGUUAAGGUGGCUCGAUACAGUUUUUCAGGGUCAAUACCUCCCACGUUUGAGCGUAAACUACGUCGCCAUAAACAAAGAUUUGGAAAAAUUGACACCGCAGUUGUAUUAGAUAAAGAUGAAAAUUUUUUAUGAUCAGGGUUGCAAUGACAUUGGAGUUGUCAUAGCAACGAAAUGACGCCAUUACCUAUUUUGCUUGCAGCAUGAUUUCUCGGCACUGGGAACUGUUCUUCCAAAAUCGUUUACUGGAACUUUUUCCUACAACAGCCGCCUCGAUGUUCGUGAAGUUUAAGCGAAAUCUGUAAGAGCGUUAUCGAGAUAUUUUGGGAACAAGUUUUUAUGGCUAGAAAUACAGUAAAAAAAUAAUGGACAAUCUUGAUGUUCGACUGUUAUCUGUACUAAACGAAGCGUUUUUGACAUGCAAUUUCACCUCAUAGUAGUUUCAAUCUUUUUAAAAACGUGUGUGAAAGAUCAUUGAGAUACCUUCAGCCGAUUGCUAGAAAGAAGGAUUUGAUUAGUAUGUAUCAAGGCGCUCUUGUUAGCGGUAAUGUAAACAUUUCGAUCUACUUUAACAAAUUAGCGAAUAAUUUUUAAACCGCUCGAUCAUUUUUUUUUAAAUUUAAGAGUCUUGAGAUAAACCGUCCUUUUAUAUGACCUCUUAGUUUCAAGGUUAUUGAUUAUUGUAAGGUAGUAAAAUAAGGGCUUGAAUUCGCUAACAUUUUGUCAGAAAUUUUGUGUUUACAAGUGAGAGCCUCUUAUUAUUCGGCGGUAUUGUCUCAAAGUUUCAUUUUCACGUGAACAGCAGUAACUAACAAUGCAUUUGACAUUAUGCAAAAAUACUAGGUAUUGUUGUGCACGAAAAUAUGAAACUUGGAGACAAUAACCCGAAUAAUUAUUAUUCGCUAAUUUGUUAAUGUAGACCGUAAUGUCUACAUUACCGCUAACAAGAGCGCCUUGAUACAUACUAAUCAAAUCCUUCUUUCUAGCAAUCGGCUGGAGGUAUCUCAAUGAUCUUUCACACACGUUUUUAAAAAGAUUGAAACUACUAUGAGGUGAAAUUGCAUGCCAAAAGUGCUUCGUUUAGUACAGAUAACAGUCGAACAUCAAGAUUGUCCAUUUUUUACCGUAUUUCUAACCAUAAAAACUUGUUCCCAAAAUAUCUCGAUAACGCUCUUACAGAUUUCGCUUAAACUUCACGAACAUCGAGGCGGCUGUUGUAGGAAAAAGUUCCAGUAAACGAUUUUGGAAGAACAGUUCCCAGUGCUGAGAAAUCAUGCUGCAAGUAAAAUAGUUAAUGGCAUCCUUUCGUUGCUAUGACAACUCCAAUGUCAUUGCAACCCUGAUCAUAACAAAUUUUUAUCUUUAUCUAAUACAACUGUGGUGUCAAUUUUGCCAAAUCUUUGUUUAUGGCGGCGUAGUUUACGCUCAAACUUGGGAGGUAUUGACCUUGAAAAACUAUAUCGAGCCACCUUAAGUGGGCUGUUGUCUGAAUCUAAUUCAGAGAUAGUAAGAACUAAAUAUGCACAACAGCCUAAAUAAAUGAAAAAUCUAACAUGUGUAAUGUCUGCAACGUAAUGUCCGCAACACUUUUCAACGUAUAAUUUCUGAGCAAAGAAACCCCACCCAGGAAAUGUUUUGAGAUUAAAAUAGAGUAUACAUCAGACUAACUGAGCAGCAUCAGUAGCACAUGAAAGACCAGCAGACUGUGUACAGGAACUGAAAAAAGGUACCUUAACGUUGCGGACAUUACGUAAUGUCCGCAACAAAAAUUCAAUGUCAAUUUUCUUGGGAAAGUGCCAGUAGCUGGAUAAUAAUUUAUAGCCUAAUGAUAGUGUAAGGCAAAGGUUAUAAUACACACAUACUUUUAUGUCGACUGUAUGUUUUCUUAGAUGUUAAAACUUUGUUUAAAAUUUCCUUCCAAAAAUUCCAAAUAUAAUGAGAUUCAAAUUCUCUGGAUUUCAUGCCUUCUCACAUUAAGCACAUGGACAAGACGCACAAGAUCUCAGUAAUUUCAAACAGCCCAUUGUUUCAGCUUUCCGUUGGUUAAGUUUCAUUGUGCAAAAUUUUAUUUUAAAAAAUUCAAAAUUUCAUUGUCUCAUGUGGAAUUGCCCUACAGCGGCUUUGCCCCCCUCCCCCCUCCCCCCUCCUUUAAUCAGACACCAAAGGGACAGAACCAUUAGUGUCCACUUUACAGAGCUGUCUGCUUUAAUUACUGAUGUAAAGUAAUAUGUAUAAAGUUAGAAUAUGAUGUCUUUAAGCUAUAUAUGCAGUGCAAGACAGAGAAUUGUUUUGUCCAUUUGCACAUGGCUAAAAGUUUGUGUAACAAUGCAACUCCCAACAACAUGCAACAACAUUGCAACAACAUGCAACAGGGUGUGCCAAUGGACGCAACAUUUAACAUUCAACAAUGUUGAGAGCUGUUGGCCGACAAUGUUGCAUACAUUUGCAUGAGGCUGUAGGAUGAAAAGACCUUAUAGAGGUGUUUGCAUGGAGGCGUUUGAUCAUAUUUUAGGUGAUAAUUUUGUAAUAAUAUUGAUAAAGGGAAAUGUUGAUAAGCCUAUUUUUUUUUUGUUUACAUCAGGCAAACUAAGUGAUUUGCAACUGGAAGGAGUUUUGUAUGCUGUAAGUAUAAUUAUCACCUUAUUAGUAUCAAGAACUCUGUCAACAUUUGUCGGCUUUUGUAUUGCUCUUUCUUCUGUCCACGUAAAGCAUUUAAAGUAUUUGGGAAAAGAUGGAUUUCCAGCUAAAAAUAAAUUCAUUACAAAAAAGGCCCUGGGGAGAUGUGGUAGCAGAGAGUGUGUUAUUGCACAGUCAUGGUCUUGAGUAAUAAAAUCAAGUUAAACAGCAUGAAAAAUUCAUUUUACAAACUGCUGUUGAUUUUUUUUAAAUAGUGUCAAAGACAUCAGAUGGUCCUUGCCAAUGGACAGAGAGCUGGAUUCUUUAUAGGGGAUGGUGCUGGGGUUGGAAAAGGAAGACAAGUGAGUACAUUUUGUUUUUGUACAAUUUCAUGCUGUUAAGUCGAUGAACUGUUACUUUGUUUAUUUAGACAAAAAUCAAGAACAAUGGCCAUUUUCACUGAGGUGCAAAUUUACCUCAUUUUCAUGUUUGCAAAAGUACUUGCCUCGUUUUCAUUUUAAAACCAUGUGAUAUCACUUGUAUUUUCCAUUGCCUCCACAUUGCCUCCAAACCAUGUUAAACCACUCAAGAAUUGGAGUUGCUAUGGCAUUUUAUUAAUCUUUGAUCAGCUGGUAGGGUGUGAGAGUUAGUACAGGCAUGCAAAAGAACAUACAAAGUCAUGGUUGAUCAUACAACCUUGAAAAGGUCUUAAUUCUACUACUGUCAUCUUGAAAAGUCCUUGAAUUUGGUUUAGGUCCUUGAAAAGUACUUGAUUUCUUUAUUAGGUCAUAAAAAGUCCUUGAAAUUCACAACCUUGUCUAUGCCAGACACCUUUUUCUGUAAAAUUAGAUUAUUUUGCCAAGGAAAAUUCAGCUCAUCCUCGGUGUAAGAAUUGACCUGUAAAACUCACAGGUAACUAUGCUUAAUUUCUGCACCUCAGAUGCAAUUGCACGUCAUACCCAGUCAUUUUGCAAAGUCUUGUUAUGGAAAGGAGUAUAAAAUAAUGUGAUCAAUGAUAUGGCCAAAGAAGUCAAAAUCGUAAAUGACUCCAUGAUGUGUUUUAGCCAAUACGGUGAUCAAAGGCGGUUAAAGAAUGCCUACGAUUUAACAGAAAUAUCGUAGUCCUUGAAAACUGUAAUUUGUCCUUGAAAAAUUCUUGAAAUGACUGUCCUAGAAAUUUGUUUGUUUGAAGUUGUACAAACCAUGAAUGUAUAGAACUGUUUGAGUUUAAGCCCAUUAAUUUUGUAGUCAAGAUUACACUCCAGUUGUUUUCUACUGUAGAUUGCUGGCAUUGUGUUGGACAAUUUUGCACGUGGAAGAUCCAGACAUAUAUGGUUUAGUAUUUCAGCUGACCUACGAUUAGAUGCCCAAAGGUGUGUUCAGAUUAUUUUUUAGUCAAAGUCUGAUUAUGUAUUUAAUGGAAUAAUUUGACCUUUUAAGUCAAUGAUUUUAACCCAUUCACUCUGGGAAUUUUUCCAAAAAAUACCUUUUGAAAAAGUCUGCUGACUCUAUGACUUAUUGGCGAUGUAGGUUUUAUUACAGAUUAGAAGUCAUAAACAGGAUUUUCUUUUUCAAAAUCAUCUUCUGGUCCCUCAGUCUAUCCUACAGGAUGCGGGCAGUAAAUUAUUUUGCAUCUUUGGAGAUCUGAUGCAUCAGGGGCACAGGAUGCACAGGAUGCACAGGCAGGGGUAACAAAAUCGCUGCAGCAUUAAGUUCAUAAUUCCACAUUUUUUUUCGCACUUUUACAUGUAACCCAUUCACCCACUAGAACAAAAUGGUCCAGGGGUAAUAAUUAUUGGAAGGAAUUCAGAAGCAUUUCCACACCAAUAAUCCAAUAAAAUCGAUAAAAUCGGCUUUGGAUUUGGAUUCACUGAUUCUGGACUGUGACAGAUUUUUCAUGAUGUGAAUCCCUAUAGCAGUUUGUUACAAAAUCAGGGAUGCUGGUAAUUGCUCUCUCUCUCUGUAUAGCUGUAAAAUACUAUAACCCAAGAAACUGACAAAUUUCUGAUUGUUUUUCAUUUGUCAGAGAUUUACAUGACAUUGGUUGUUUUGUCAAAGUGAUAGACGGUUGUCAGCAGCUGGAUAAAGAAACCAGGUACAUGAACUCAAAUACCACGGGUAUUAUUUAGAGUGGGGCAAGAGGGCCAUGCCUUCCCCUGCCUUUUUGUCUAAAAUCUUGUUAAAUUUCAGAAAAAAAUUAAUUCUCUCAACAUCUGUCUUCCAGAAUCUCAAUUUUUGGACGAAAUGCUAUCAGAGUUCUCUCUGUUUUGGAAUUUUUUAAUUCUCUCAACAUCUGUCUUCCAGAAUCUCAAUUAAUUUUUGGACGAAAUGCUAUCAGAGUUCUCUCUGUUUUGGAAUUUUUUAAUUCUCUCAACAUCUGUCUUCCAGAAUCUCAAUUUUUGGACGAAAUGUUAUCAGAGUUCUCUCUGUUUUGGAAUUUUUUAAAUCUUUCUCUGAAUACUACAAGUUAUCUACACUAGCUGAUGUCUGUUGUUAUCAUUAUGUAACACAACAUAAAUUAUUCUUGGACAAGGUACAUAAAUUCCUUUUCUUAAUAAUUAUUUUCUAAGAUUUCUUUUUCAAACCAAUCUGUGCAUGCAAGUUUCAUUAAUUUUCAUUUUCCUUCAAUUCAGGUGUAUUUUUCUCCAAGUGAUAAUCUGAUCCAAAAUGUUUCCAAGCCAACUAUUGCUUCCUACAGUGUAAAAGAAAGGAGAAGUCACACUGCCAUGGUAGCAAAAUUUCUGGGUCUCAACAAACUGUGGUCCUGCCCAUAUGGUGGGGAAAAAAACAACAAAAAUUUUUUUUGGUGCAUUAUUGCACUUAAGAAUGAAAGGGUGGCUGGUAUUUUCCUUCCAUCAUUGGACAAUACAAAUGGCCAUCCGUCUCUGUCAAGGAAGAUUAUUGAUCCAGAAAUCUUGCUUCCACGGUAACAUGACAUCACACAUCUCUCUAUAUUAGCAAUAUUCUGUGAUUUAUUUGACAGUAAUAAUAGAUCAGUAGGAAUUUUAAAACAAAUCCAACAACAUUGACAUUAUUAAUUUUUUUAUUAAUUUGUUUUACAGAGUAUUUGGCUUACCUGCUGAUUUUAAAGAGGGUGUUGUCUUCAGUACAUACGCAACACUGGUGUCGUCUGUUCAAAAAGGUGAGCAUGCAGUGUGAAUGUCAUCUAUCACUGACAAUAGACAAGAUUCCUGUUUUUGUUGAUCUGAUUUGUUUUUUUUGACAGGUGCCAAUCGUCAAAGCAGAUUGCAACAGCUCAUAGACUGGUGUGGUGGUGAGCAGUUUAAUGGAUGCCUCAUAUUUGAUGAGUGUCAUAAAGCAAAGCAUUUUGUACCUGUAAGUGAUUUACAAUAGUUUAGCCCUUAUUCUUCACACUCAUAACUGCAGCAAAUACAUGUAAAUACAUAUUUAAGGCAAAAAACAUGGAUUAUUAGACCAAAACUCAUUAUUCAACUUAAGUUUAUUAGAAACUGCUACUGAUCAUCAUUGUAUUCAACUUGUGUUUUGAAUGAAAAGGAUGAGAGGACCACAGUUUGUAUUCCCUUUACAUUACAUACAGUUCAUGUAAAGCAUGACUGCGCAGUGGGUUUCUUGAGAAUGCAAUUGGUCUUGUUACACUUUGAAUGCACAACCAUUACACUGUCCACACAUGCAAAUUGACACCAAUGAUGCAUAAUUGACAGCAGAGACAGAUGUUACAAGUCAUGGAUUCAAUUAAGUACUCUGCUCACUGUAGCUUAUUUCAUUUUAGGGCAAAGAAGAAUCCAGCACAAAAGUUGCUCUUGCUGUCACAACAAUACAAAGGUAUGAUAAAGUUAUUCUACUUCAUUUCUGAAUAUCAAUUGUUAGCAUGUAAUUAACACUCUUAUGUAAUAAUUAAAGUACUAAUAAUUUUACAAUUUGAAAGAAGCAGGGAGCAGGGAGCAGGGAUGGAGCAAUUGUGAUUGAGCACUUGCCUCCCACCAAUGCGGCUUGAGUUCAAUUUCCAGAGUUGAUGCCAUGAGCAGGCCCUUUGGGAGGGUGGGUGCGACAUGUGAGCUUGCACCCCCCGCCCCCCCCCCCCCAAACAGAUCCAGAGGUCUACUUUUUAAAAUACAUAAAUAAAGUAGUCUCUGCCAAAAGUAUAUGUAUCAAGUUUGAAAUUCAAAACUUUGCGAAAUAUCCAAGAAUUGAGUCCGACAUGUCUAAUUUGGGUCGACCCAUGAAUCAAGUUCGAGUGGCCCACAUGGGAAUUUUUACUGUGGAGCAAACAUCAAAUUUUUCUUGUACUGAACCUAGUGUAUAAAUUACAGUAAUCUAUUUUCACUGUUAAGUAUUAAUUUCAGACCAUUAAACAUUGUGGCAAUGAAUUGAGUCCGGCUUCUUAAGUUUGAUGUCUGAAUGAACCAACGAACUUAUAUCAUUUGGGUCAACCUAAAUAGGUGUCAAGUUUGGUACAUGAAAAGUUUUACGUUUGAACUGAGCCUAAGAAUGCCACAGGUUUUCAGUUCUUGGAACUGACAAGUUUCACUCUCUCUAAAUAACGUAAGAUUGGUUUGGCUUUUUUGCCUGGCUUCUUCCCUAUCAGACAUACAGUGUUCUCCCUGAAUUUUAGCUCAGCUGGUAAGGGACCAUUCUUGGCCAGUAAGGUAAAAAAAAUGUGUGCUAGAGGGGCAUUUUCCUUGUGGGGAGGGGGGUAGUAAAAUGAGGGACAUGCCUUCUACCUCGCUGUGAAAUUUGGCAGCUAAGUUCUCUGAAAAGUCAUUCCCUCAUUUUUAAGACCUAUUUUACACAAGUUAGCCAUUGUUAUCUGUAGACAACAAUUUAAAACAUUUGAUUGCAAUAAUUUUACUCUGUCUUCAGUGCCCUCUGGCCCAUAAAAGAGAAAAGUUGUGUAUACUUUAGUACACUUCCAAAUAUUCAUUCAUUACCUUGAUCUGAUCGGAACACAACUUGCGUAUUGUUUUUAAAAACAACUUAUUUAACUUUAGUAAACCUUCAAACAGUUGCAGUGAGUCGGUAAGAAGUGUUGCUUCAGAUGGUAAAUUUUACCGGUUACCGCGUGAUAAGGAGCACACCUGACAUAAGAAUUCAUCUUUAGGCCACAAAAUUGAAUUACCUUAAACAGCUGUAUGAUAUAGGAAAGAGCCCAAUUUUAAACAAAAUCCAAAAAGAAAACUUCAAUUUGUUAGCCUAUAACUUAUUAUGUCCUAUUUAUGUAUGAGCAGGGCAGUAAUUAAGAACUGGGGGCCAGGGAUUUCCCCCGGCUACUGUGAAUGUGGUUCCCAGCUACUUUCAUUGGAAAAUAGAAGAAACAGAACCAAAAGAAUUCCAUAGCUGUUUGAUUCGCUGCCUACUUGUUGUAUUUACCCAACAACUUGAAAUCUCAGUGACAACCCUGUAUCAGUAAAUAGAUUUUUUUUCAAGAAAAUAAUCAGUGGCUGUAUGGAAUAAAACCCUAAGUGACAUUUUUGAAAAAGUACAAGAUCCUUUGUCCAAAUCGCCUCAUAUUUGCCCAUGUAUGUGAAAGGAGGAUUUGAUAUCAUGUCAAGUGUCACUAGGGGCAUUGUUCCGUGCACCCUUCAAAUUACAAAGAUUAGAAUAUGUAAUAGUUAUUAUUAAAAACUGAAUCAUUGGAUAAUACUAUUCUAGGGCUCUGAUUGGCUUAGCCAUCACGGUAUAUGAGCCCCUAUACGAUGCUCCCCAAGUAUGGUAACUGUACACGUCUGCUCAAAAUUAAAAACAAGCUGAAAAUUGGUUGUUUUUACAAAUAAAGUCAGGACGAAUUCUCGAUAUUUUGCGGGCGUUUUUAAUAAAAGAAUAUUCCACUCGUGCUUGUUGUAUAUGACAUGAUCAUAGUCAACUCAUCCAACACGCACGAGUGGAAUAAUUGUUAAAUAUACCUGACCUCCUUACUGUCUCUACAGAGUCCCCCCGCUUCCCCUACAGUGACUGUUGUACCCAAGUUCUCUCUUUUUUAAAGAUUUAUUCUUUUCUCAUUUUAUAGAAUGCUACCCAAAGCCCGUGUUGUGUACUGUAGUGCAACUGGUGUGACAGAUGUAAAAAAUAUGGUAGGUGUAGAGUGAUGUAUUAUUUUAUAUAAUUGACAAUAACGUGAUUUUGACUGAGUGUCAGGAAACAGCUUGUUACUAUUAAAAGGUAUCCAACUUUGCUUUGCUAGUUUUUCGCAAACAAUGCACUAAGUAAAGGUUGGCAUGUACCUUUAAAAACUAUGCUGUACGCAGUCAGCAUCUUAUAAGAUACCACUGUACAAAGUUAAAACUAUAAAGUGAAACUUGAUCUUGUAACUUGAUUUUGUACCUGGGAACAAAGAUUUUUUAAGGUGAAAUACCGUCGGUUGCAUCUAAGCGUUGACACGAGACAAAAAAAAAAAUGUUCUAAUAGAGUGCCAGACAUGACGUGUUUUGCCGCCAAACAUAUUUUUGCCAAAGCCUUUAAGCCAAAGGUAAGUUUGUAGCCAACUGGAACAUGUUUUUUCCUCAGGUGUACACGCUUAGAUGCAGCCGACGUUAAUUAUGAUCGCCGGGAUGAGUGUACUUAACAGGACUGUUGUUGACAGUGAUUGACGUUUUGGCAGGUCUUCAGGCCCUAUCCACAUGUAUCGGGAUAGUUUUGAAAACGGAGACUUUUUUCUCCAUUCUUGCCUCCAUCCACACAUAAACGGCCUUUUCAAAAACAGACCCAGAGUGGAGAUUUUUUAAAACGCCGGCUUCUCGUUUAAAGUGGGCUGUCGAAAACGGAGAUUUGUGAACACGAUUGUCAUGCACCAUAUACUACUAGCGUUACACAUGCUCUGUAAGAGCUGCUAUCGUCUUUCCAUCGUUUUAGGGUUUUCAUGUGGACAGGCAAAAACGAUUCAAACACGAUUCAUGUAGACGCCUAUUUUUUUUUUCAAAAUCGAGAAAAAAAUUCCCAUUUUCGAAAAUAUCCGGAUAGGUGUGGACCGGGUGUCAGGGUCAAAGUCUGUUGUAUCACGUCAGUUGAUGGUAUUAACUCUGGUUCAAGGUACAUGAUUUCUAGGUACUCAGUAGAAGAGCACAAAGACUCUUGUUGCGUGAAGUUUUUAAACCCUACAAUAAUUGCUGAGAGAUUAUUACAGCAACCAUGUCUAGAAGCCUUAGGUUUCUGACAAUGGUCCCCUUCAGUCCAACGGUCAAUCAAUACAGUACACUGAUACAGUGAUUUGAUUAUUUCCAGGCAUUUAUGGAGAGACUUGGUUUAUGGGGAGAUGGAACAGCAUUUAAAUCGUUUGAUUCUUUUCUAGCCAGCAUAACUAAGAGAGGUCUUGGUAAGUGACAUAGUUUUCAGCCUAGACUAGAGCAUUCUCUCUUUUUUCCAAGUCCGUCGAGCAAAACGCGCGAGACACGCAAAUGACCACGCGCAACGCUCUCUCGCGCGCGUACACUCCCCUCACUAAAUCUGAAGGAAAAGAGAGACUGCUUGCAGUCUAUUUUCAGCCCCAAUGAUCCACAUACAAAUUCUCUCCACUGAUCCCCCUACUUUUCCUUAAAGAAUUAGUUGAGAGAUUUAAAUGAUUAUUUUAUGAAUUCUCUAAACUUUUUCCUGUAAUGAUGCAUGUAUGGAUAUUUUUAGGAGAAAAUUGAUGUUAAUCACGUUUGGUACUCAGUGGGAUAAAGGGGUUAUAUCAAGAUGACUUCCAUAUUCUUGUCAAAGUUGAGCUGAAAUUGUAACUAAGUAUUCUCAGUCACUUUUUUCCAUACUUGGAACUCUAAAAAGAAAGCUAUCAAAUGAUUCGAUCUAAGCCAAGUGGAAAGUAAUGCAUGUUCGUUUCUGGUCAUUUUUCCAAGAACUCCUGCCUGCCGUACAAUGCUUAGCUGUGAUAAGAGCGUUAAAGGUCUUAAGGUGCAGCGCUUCCUUGUACCUGCUCUGGCAAAUUACUCGAAACCUUAGCCUAAAAUAUGGGUAGACCGCCUGUACUAUAACCGUGGAGAGACGGCUAGCUAGGCUAGUGGCUAGAACGGUGAUGCGCCGUGACGAUGCUAUUACCACGUCUCGGAAAUCAUGGUCACCUUUUAUAUAGCCAGUCCCAGGCUUUGAAAUAGUGGAGUGUGGUGUGAAGUUAGAGAACGGGAAAAAAAUAAGGAGAAAGAGGGAGAGAGAGGAAGGAAUUUCGCCCUCACUCCCUAACCCACCCCUUGCUGUUUUUUUCUGCACACAUCUCCUUGCGUCGUCCUCACAAUCUGAACUCCUGGAACAGGAGCUUACACUUCUCCAUCGGCAGAAACGAUGUAUCUCAAGGUCACUAAUAUUUAAAAUCUUUCCAGGUGCUUCUGAAAUGUUAGCUAUGGAAAUGAAGGCAUCAGGGAUGUACGUUUCUAGAGGUCUUAGUUUCAGACAGGCUGAGGUAAUGCAUAAUUUUAGAAAUGGCAUCGUAAUUUUCUGUUGUAAGCAGAAGUUUUUCUAUCAUUCUGAAAUAUAAGGCUUUUUUUCAACGCUUAUUACUUCACUUCUGUUCCUUUUUUGUUAACAAACUUUGAUAAUGCUUUUUUGUCGCAUUUCUGCAGUUUGUUAAUGUUGAGGCGACACUGACUGCGGAACAGAGAAAGGUUUAUGACACUGCAGUUCACGUUUGGUACGUAUGGCAAUGUAAAAGGGGUAAAUCUUCGUAUUAACUGCUGUAAGUAGACCACAACUUAAGACGUAAUCAUUCAGUGGUUUCUUGUACCAGGGCUCCGGAAUUAACUUAUGUGAUUUCGUAGAAAUUGCACUCAAAACUUAUGCGUUUGUUUGAGUCAAAGCAAAAGCAAAGCAACAAUCACAGUUGGUAUUCUAAGAAGUAACGGUUGUGUGUAUCUUUCACAAUCAUAGUGUGAAUAUGUUUCAGCUUUUUUCCUUUUCUCUUUAAAGGAGCGAGUUAAAGAAGUCAUUAGAAUUUGCCAUUGGUCGCACCACCUCUUCUACACCAAGGGUGUGGUCAGUCUUUUGGUCCUGUCAUCAGCGGUUCUUCAAACAGCUCUGGUGAGUAUUUAAUCCCGUCUCUGGUCUUUUAGGGGCAGAUAUUACAACAGAGUUUAGGCGUUAUUUAACAAAACACCGUUCUAACGCUCAUGCCUUAGCAUCGUUUGCUGUUCAUAUCAACAAGAAGGCGACAGCCCAAAUUAGAAAACCAUUUAUCUACUUGAAAUGAGUACCCUACCGACGGAUUAGGAGAUCCUCUUAUUGUUAGACGUCGUUUAAGUAGCCGACCUUAAGAUUCACCUUAACAUUAUUGCCCUCUUAUUUCCAGUAAUGUUGUGCUCGAUGCUAGUUUAUUGGCAUAAGGCUGAGUCGGUAUUGUCUCCAAUUGCACCGUGGGACUGUUUGCAGACGCUAUCGCCGUUUUAUUGGAUAUUAUUAAAAACUUUAUCAUUGGAUAAUGCAAUUCUAGAGCUCUGAUUGGACUGUACGCGUUUGCUCACAAUUAAAAACAAGCUGAAAAUCGUUUGUUUUUACAAAAAAAGUCGGAGAGAAUUCUCGAUAUUUUGUGCGCGUUUUUAAUAAAACAAUUAUUCCACUUGAGCUGUUGGAUAUGAGAUGGUAGAUACCAACGCGCACUCCUGGAAUAAUAUCCCAUUUUCGAGUUCGCUAUGACCUCUGAAUUAAAGAAGUGAAGACGCAUUUUUUACAGCCUUAGCCUCCAAGUGAAGUAAUAUAUUCACAAAUUCCAACGAGACCGAAAAAGACCUCUUUAUUACUCUGUCUAUUGUGUAUAUUCAAAUUUCAAACACUUACUUGGGCCAUCCCCAUAGAAUGUUUCGUUUCCCAUCGCCCUCCCUCUCGUGAAGGUGGGUCGGUCGAUCGGGCAAAAAAAAAAAAAAAAAAAAGAAUGAACACAUGAUUGCAUAUUAAAUCCCACGUUUAGUCUGCAAGAUAUAAUCAGAUGGUAAAAGAUGUAUAUUAACAGGACUAUCAAAUGUCUAAAAGGCUACAAUGAUAAUUUAAGACAAUUGGUGUUAAUAAGACAAGAUCGUGUGCUUGUAAAUUAAAGUACUUGCUUCUUUACAAGUGAUUCUGGAAUUUUUAAUUUUUUUUUUACUUUUUUGAGUGAGAAAUUAAUGAACAAGCAACGGAAACAAACCCUAGCCCUGAAAUAAUAGAGCUACGUACCUGGUAGAGCGAAUGAAAUUAUAGUUUUUAAAGGGCUUCGUGACAGUAGCAAUGUAAGGUAACCCAAGACAGUCUUUGAUUCUGGAUUUCACGCUGUGGAUUCCGGAAUCCUUAUCACUGGAACUUGGAUUUGGGAUCUCCAAUCGUCAGCGGGAUUACGGAUUCCAAAGUCCAGGAUUCCGGUUAUCACACGGAAAUUUUUCCUGGAUUCCGAAAUCCGGAUUACCUGAUCCUGGGCGGAUCAUUAUACGUUUCUGGGAAACUGCCCACCUACCCCUCCCUUAAACUAACAUUUUGCCCUAAGUGAGAAGUAAGUGUUGAUGUUGGCUCAGGGGAGGGGUAGGUGGGCAGUUUCCCAGAAACGUAUAAUGAUCACAUGGGGCAAUUUUGCCAGUAUCAUGUUCCACUUUAAGCGCCAGCAGGCAUUUUUACUUUGUAACCUUCCUUAUAUUGGGUCUGAUAACAGAUAAGAUGUAUAUGAAUAUUUUACAGCAUGAGUAUGAAAGUUCCUACCAUAGUGGAAGAAGCCCGGCAAGCAUUGCAGGCAGGAUAUUGUGUGGUCAUUGGUCUCCAGUCCACUGGAGAGGUUUGUUUUCUCUUUCUCUCCAAUUUUUUGUCGUAUCCACUCCAAACGGGUUAUAGUUUCUGAUAACAUAAAAAUUUCUUUAUUUCAAGGUCAGCCAGUGUUUAAAAUGUAAUGUUUGAGACACUUAGAACUUCUUGCAAAAAUUAGGAGAAAGUGCGUACCAAAUAAUUGUUCGCCCCUCACAUUGUAUAGAGAGUUUCACAUAACAUUGUAGGUUUUAUUAGGGGAUGCACUUGAUGUAAGGCUAUCGCUGCAAGUAUUUUAUGACCCUUAAGGACGUAUGUACGGUCUACGCAGUAUUUAUGUCUGACAAAACAAAAAAACAUGGAUUGUAUCGAGAACGCACAAUUCGUCUGUAAAGAAGACCUGCAAAUUGCUGGAUUUGGCCGCUGGAUGUAUGAUGGCCAUCGUAUUUUACCUGCAAUAAUGUUAUUUCGUUGGUCCAGCAAUUCACCUGUCAAGGCGGAUUUUGUUCAUCUGGAAAGUGAUAGGCUACAGCGAGACUAUCAAUUUUGUCCAGAAGGCAUGAUCGACCACAGGUCACUAGAUUUCGUAGGUCAUGGGUCAUUUUUGAUAAUUUUACUCAGGUAUUGUUCAAUGACCGACGGUUAUUUACUUACUACUUAUAAACCGAGAGUGAGGUCGUUACAGGGAAGUCUCGGCCCAAGGCCUUGAUUUAUUGACCGAGCAAUAGCACAACAAAACCAUUUUUAAAAUACUUUUUUAAACUUAGAUAUAUGUCCCUUCGAAUUCAACUCCAGAAAAAUUCACCAACAUUUGACAAAUUCAACGACAUGGAAUAACAGCGAGGAAUUUUGAAACGGCAUGAAUUCACUUUUUAAGAGACGUUUUCAUUACUCUCGUUGAGUCGUCGUUGCUUAAACUCCCCAAUGAUCAUGAGAAAGUAGUUGCUUGAAUAGAGUUUGGCUUAAGUCAUUGUUUUAUUUGUCAGGCAAGUUUGGAAAGUGAAAUAUCACGUUGUGGUGGAGUACUGAAUGGCUUUGUCCCAAGUACAGAAGAAAUCAUUAGCAGGUUUAUCAAGCAGUAUUUUCCAACUCAGAUAAUCAAAUCGGUGAGUAAUUCUGAACAACCCUGCUUAGCUGGUGAGAUUUAACUCACGCGAGUGCUUAAUUUCACGAGCGCUUUUGUUCUGGCUUUGAAGAUCAGAGUUGAUUGAGGAUAAGUCAAGUUGACACCUCUCUUUCAGGUCCGUUCACUAAGAUUUUAAGUUGCCGGGUAUAAUUUUUAUGCAAAGUUUUGAAGGAGAUUUCUACAGCUGGGAAGUUCUUUAUGUUCAUUUUUCCUUCUAUUCCUAUGUAAGUAGCCGGGGGCCUUACUCAAAGUUCCCAGGGGAAAUUCCCGGUCCCGGACCCCCAAUUACAGCCCUGCUCUUUCCCCUUGCGACUUCAGCGCCGCUGAAAAGCACUCCUGCGCUAUGAUUCCACAAGCUUUGCAGGCUAAUCUCAAUGAUGGUACAUCACACAACGAAUGGAUAAUUUUGAAAAUCCACUCUAUGCUCAACAUUACUUAAUACACUUUCUGUAACCUGCAAAGCAGGCGUAUUUUGUAGGGUGACUGUUCUCCCGCCAUCUGGGAUAUUUAAACUGUCAGAGAGUUCAGUCACCUGUUCAGUUGGCGUCAGUGAAGAAAUGAUUAAAGAUGGCGGACGCGAUCAAUAUACAUUUGUACCUCUAGGCUUGAGUUUAAAAAAAAAAUGUUUGCUCUACAGGCCACACUUUCUGCGUUCCACAUUUCAAAGAUUUGAUGUUACUUCUCCUGUUAUGGUUCAUAAGCCACGGAAGUCCAGUCCAAUAGUCUUGUUUAUGCACUUUCCCGGCCUUAUUUUUGUUUCGGGUAAUGUGAAGUUAAGUAAAUUUUUUUAAAAAAAGAGAAAUCAAGGCUAUUAUGUUCUUUAUGUAGAAUGGCGAUGUUGUUGAAGAUCAGUGGAGUGUUCAGGCUAAAAAUCUUCUACAAGGUUUUGUCAAGAAAAUUGUUCUCCCAGUCAAGUUUGUAUCAAUGUUAUAUUCUUUAAAACCCUUUUAAAGAGCCUGUCUCUCUAGGAUGAGCUUUUGCUGUUUUAGGUCAAUGCUGUGCAAGAGUCCCUACUUAGCACCUUAACCUAAAUACAAAAUGGUCCUGAGGAAUUACACAGAAAAUAGCAAACAAAUUCUUAAUCAUGGAGCACUAACCGCUAUUUUUUUUGGUGAUUGUUACAGGCAUAGUAUUAAAACUUGAACAAUUUGGUAGAACGUUUUCAAGUUUAAAUCCAUGUCCAUUCUUGCCAUCCGUUGCAACAGACGACAGAAACCAGUUUCAGUGCUUAAAAAUAUUCUUAAAUAACAAAUUUGCUGCAUUAUUUUUGGGAUUAAUCCUGGGUGGGGAUGGAAAGGAUUAUGUUAUGGACUACCAUACACUGUCUCACUCCACCCAGGUGUAUAAAUUUGGGUACCAAAAGAUUAAAUCCUGGGUGGAGGUGGGAAGGAUCCUGUUAUUGACUACUAUCCCGUCCAAGGAAGAGCAAAAAUAUUCCUAGUCGCCUCAUGCUAUGGAGAUCGGAAUGUGCUACGGCCAAAUGGGCUACCUGGCUCGAACGCAGACUUUACCUUCGUACCUUUUUGACUUAUUUUUGUCUCUAGUCCUCUUGAUGACCUUAUAAACCAGCUCGGAGGACCAGGAAAAGUAGCAGAAAUGACAGGCAGGCGUGGUCGCGUGGUAAAAACUGACAAGCAGCCUCAACCUCAUUACGAGGCUCGAGAAUCAGACAGCAGCAAUGUGGAUAGUUUGAAUAUUCAAGAGGUGAGCAAAGUGAUCAGAACUAAAUCUUGCGCCGUGUUCCGAAUAAAAUGGUAGAAAAUGCGAUUUACAGUCGGUAAUUACAGUGAUCAGCAUAGACGUCAUCCUCGGCCAAGACCCUGGAAGAGGCAGCCAGAUCGAAAACUUUCGUCGCACGACUCGUCGCACCGUUUCUGCCGACCUGACUGACUGCCCCUUGGUCUCCGAGGAUGAACUCUGCCUUUGUCCCUUACAUUUAAAAACAGGACCGUCGUUUCAGCGCGAGAAAGACAGCCUAGUGCUUGCGUUUGUUAGUUGUUCCUGGGAUGACAAGUUUUCAAGUGUAGUCCAACCUUAAAGUCUUUCUCUAAAUCUGAACUCUUAUGCCUUAAAUUCAGGUAGCAAUCCGGUUUCGGAUCUUCGUUUCAUUCCCCAGUAUUUUUCGCUUUCGCUAUGACAACUAAGUCGGCAUAAAGCAAUUGCUUGAAGCUCAAGAACUGCCUCUUUAAAUACCACAGUUUUUAGAGAGUUGUUUGAGUAUAUCUGAACAUUCAACGUUGUUUUUUCGAUUGCAUUGUAUCACAGAGGAACAGUUUUAUGAAUGGAACAAAACUUGUUGCCAUCAUAUCUGAUGCCGCCAGCACUGGUAGGUUCCCUUUGUAUCUUGAUUCGUUUGAAGUUACCUGGAUUAAACAUUGCACUUUUUAAAUUCUUUUAAUACUUGAAAUUUGAGGCAACCUUGAAGUUAUUUUCACACAAAGAAUCGCUGGCUCAGUGUCUGUUAGCGUUCAAUUGAGUUGCCAUUACUUGGAAUUUCGUGUAGAGACUCGAAAUUUAGAGUGAUGUUUCUUGACUUAAAGUUCUACUCAAGCAGGAAUAAAAGGUUUUCAUCGGGUAAAAGGAACCGCAAUAAAUAACGUGUAUAAGUGACAAGACAAGACGAUAAUUUACUUGGGGUCGUAUACCACCUGGUACAUCGACUGUUUUCCAAAUGAUUUAAUAUUACAAUAUAAAAUAAAUAAAAUAAAUAAAUAAUAGACUCAUUGAAUUACACAGGUAUCUCGUUACACGCGGAUCUCCGAGCAGCCAAUCAGUGCCGCCGUGUUCAUGUGACCAUUGAGCUGCCUUGGAGUGCUGACAAAGCUGUUCAGCAACUGGGAAGAUCACACCGGUCAAACCAGACAAGGUACAUGCACUGCCCAAACACAAACGUUCCUAUCCCUUUGAUAUAAGCUAUUUCCUAAAGAAGAAGGAAAUGGUUGCGCGCUGCACGUUUACCAUUUUUUAAUUGUACCUCCGCUUGAUUAGCCUUGUUGGAAGGGUAGCGUUCUGCCAAGCAGGUUUAAACCCGCCGUUUAAACCCAACACCAACCAGGGUCUUCAAAAAACUGAUCAUAUCAUGCUGCCUGUUAUCUAAGAUCUUGUCUCAGUCCAGAUGAUCUGAUAGUCACGUCAGUGGGCGGUGAUGUUAAUCCAUUGGCCUUGUCUUAUUCAUCCUUUCUUAACAAUUCGAAGGGGACGUAAAAAGAACCCACACUGCUGUUGGAGAAGAGAGUGAGAGGUAGACCUCUGUGGUGUGGUUUAUCUCUCACGUGGAAGGGAACUGUCACGGGGCACAAUACUUGGCUUCACGCUUUUGCGGUUACCCUGCCAAGAAUUGGACAGUCUAGUAAAACAAAAAAUAAAAUUCCUUGUGAUUAAAAAUCUGAAGGCUUUCCUGGAAUAUCACUACUUCCAUAAUAUCCUGUGUACAGCCGCCUUCUCCCCUUGGGAAAAAUCGGGAAAAGGGAGGGGCGGCUUUACACAGGCUACUCCAUGAUCACUUUUCUUUCAUAAAAUCCCCUUUGUACCAUGGGAGUCAGAGGAGGGAGGUAUCACGUGAUAAUGUUCACCGUCUAAUUGGCGCGCUCGGGGGCUCCGCUUUUCUCCAGAGUUUUACUGGCUCUAAUGUUUUCUUUGUUUUGUUUUGUUUUUUUUAGUGGACCUAUCUAUAAACUUGUAACAACAAACUUGGGCGGUGAAAGAAGAUUUGCUGCGGCUGUGGCUCGACGGCUUCAGUCGUUAGGUAAUGUUUAA